AUGGAAGAAAAAUUGCAAAAUUUAGAGAAAUUUAAAACAGAGGACCCAGCCAAUUUCGAUGCUUUAGUCAUAGAAAUUGCUAAAGAUAUUGACAACAUUGUUUUAAACGACAAUUUAUAUAAGAUUUCAAUUCAAAGUUUGAAUUGUAUCAUUCAAAAAGCUUCACCAUUAAAAGCAAGUACAGCUAAGCAACUCAUGUCAAAGGCAUAUCAAAUAUAUAAAUCAGAAUCUAUUCUUUUAUUAGAAAAACUUGAUGUCGAAGAAAAAUGCGAAUUUACUGAUUUAAUUUCUAUCAUUGGUACAAUAUCAUCAUCUCCUAUACUUCAAAAGAUUUCAAAUGGUCCACAAAAUUCAUAUAUUGAAGCAUUAAAAGCUGAUUCAGAUCGAAUCUUUGCUAAGCUCAUUGAAUCUGAUCGCCAAAAAGCUUUAGAAGCAGUCGACAAGCAAUACACACCUAGUGAUUUGCUCAGAGCAGCAAAUGAAGGCGAUUUAAGAACAAUUGUGGGAGCCAUCUCAAACAAUAAAGAUUUCCUUAAUGAAACAGAUGAAAAUGGAAUGAACCCAUUGAUGUUAUCCGCAUGGAAAGGCCAUUUGGACUGUGUUCGCUUUCUAUUAAACGAAGGAUGCGAAAUUGAUAAGAAAACAAACAUCGGAAGCACCGCUCUUAUGCUUGCUUCUGAAGGUGGCCACGUUAAUGUCAUCAAUUUACUGAUUGAAAGAGGCGCGCAAGUAAAUAUCCAGACAGACACAGGAAGUACGGCCGCAAGCUAUGCUGCGUUCAACGAUCGCUUGGAAGCACUCAAAACACUCGUUGAACACGGCACAAAUGUCAAUAUUCCUGACCAAAAUGGGGCAACACCGCUUUUCUGCGCUGUUUUUGCUGACUCCGUUCCUUGCGCGGAGUAUUUGAUAGACAACGGCGCAAACAUCAUGGCCGUCAACUCAAAGGGAUUGGUUCCAAAGCAAUACGCGAAGACUCUUCAAAUGAUUGAAUUUUUCAAGAAAUUUGACUUCUAA